AUGGCUCAGAGACCAAGAAGAUUACCCGCCGCGGCGUUGGGCGCCCCGAUUCAAGGGGGUGUGCAGGGCGUGGCCGCAGGACUCCAGGGACAGGGAGGAACAGCUCCGCAGCCAGGACUUCCUCUUCAGGCGGGUGGCCCGCAGCAGCUGCCACCUCAGGUCCAGGCCCCGGGACACCCGGCAGGGCAGCAACAACCACCAGCGCCGCAACAGGUUCCCGGUCAGGCUGCAGUGUUACAGGGGGCAGCAGCGGCGGCUGCGGUUCCGCAGCAGCCAGUUCAGGCAGCCCAGGUUCCACCCCAGGCUGUGCAGGGAGCGCAACAGAUUGGACAACAACAGGGUGCCGGGGCGGUAGCAGUCCAAGCAGCACCUCAAGCGCAGCAGGCUGGAUAUAAUGCUCAACAGUUUGGACAACAACAAGGUGCCGGGCCGGAAGCAGGCCAAGCAGUACCUCAAGCGCAGCAGGCUGGACACAAUGCUCAACAGGGUGAGGGUGCGAUGCUCAUACAGCGCCUGCAGUUACUGGAGCAAGUCCACUACAAUGAUGUAGCAGACGCCCUGGACCAGGUCCUCGACUUGGCCAAGACGCCGUCGGAGCUGAACCGUGCACUCCUUAUACCUGCGCUGCAGCGGUUGGAGGAAAGAGCUAGAGCGUCUGGCCAUGCUGAUCAUGCCAAGUAUGCGGCCACCCUCAGGCACUCAACCAUGUAUGCCAUGAGUCCCAUUUUGGGGGAAAUGGUGCUGCAGGCCCUGGGUUCCGAAAUAGAUGAGAAAAUAGGGUCAAAGUUUAAUAGGUUGUCUAACGCGGCGGAGAGAAGGAGUUCUCAGGCGCAAGGAGGCCAGGCACAGCAACAGGCACCGGUACAGCAGGCGCCCUUGGUUCCCAUCCAGCCUGCACAGGUAGCACCGUUGCAGCAAGUACCUUACGCGCCCCUCCAGAACCCUCCUUACGCGCCUGUCCAACAACAACCUUCUGCGCCUGUCAAGCAUCCUCCUUACGUGCCUGUCCAGCAUCCUCCUUACGUGCCUGUCCAGCAACCUCCUUACGUGCCUAUCCAGCAACCUCCUUACGUGCCUCUGCAGCCACAACCACUCUACCCACCUAUGCAGCAACAAGGGGAUUUGGGACAAGUCUUGUCGGCAGAAGUGCAGGUAGCACCAGACCAGGGCACUUUGAUAUUUAAUCACACAUUUGGGAAAACCCUUAGAGGUGCGAACAAUAACAUGUUUGGAGUUAUUAGGGUACAAGAUGAGGUUAUAUGCCCUGUACAAGGGGUGAUAUAA